CACAGACAGGAGUAGAAAUUUAAUCACUGUUGCUUCUUUGACUUAAAACAGAAUGGGAUCCUCAAAGCUGUCCCUGCUGCUGGUCUUGCUGUCCUGCGUAGAGCUGUCUCUGUCUGCCUCCUGUGUUGUGGACAGCUUCACAGUCAAAGAGGACUUUGACCCCAAGAGGUAUGCAGGAAAGUGGUACGCACUGCAGAAGAAAGAUCCAGAGGGCCUGUUCCUGCAGGACAACAUCUCAGCUGAGUACACCAUUGAUGAUGAUGGCUCCAUGACCGCAUCUUCCAAGGGACGUGUAACUUUGUUUGGCUUCUGGGUUGUGUGUGCUGACAUGGCUGCCCAGUACACUGUCCCUGACCCUACCACACCCGGCAAGAUGUUCAUGAACUACCAGGGACUGGCCAGCUACCUGUCGAGCGGAGGUGACAACUACUGGGUGAUUGACACAGACUACGACAACUACGCCAUCACCUACGCUUGUCGCACAGUGAAGGAGGAUGGAAGCUGCGAGGAUGGCUACGCCCUUGUCUUCUCCAGGAACCCCCGUGGCCUGCCACCCGCCAUCCAGCGCAUCGUCCGUCAGAAACAGGAGGAUAUCUGCAUGGCAGGAGAGUUUCAGCCUGUGCUGCAGUCUGGGGCCUGCUAAAGAGAGAGAAAGAGCAGGAGAGUGAGGAGCUGAGAGAAUUGAAGUCUCACAGGCAUGAAAGCAAAAAGAUGCAGAAUGAAAGAGUGACAGGAGGCGUGUAUGUGAGUGAUAAUGUGAGUGGAUAGAUGCAAAAAAGAAAUGAAGUGGCUAUCUGCAUUUGUCCUAGAUUUGCAUCUGUUUUUUAAAAAUCCAUCUCUUCCUCUAUCACUCCGUGUUCAUCCAUUGUUUGU